AUGGAGAACGCCACAGAGGUGAGUGUGUUCAUCUUGCUGGGACUCACCAGCACCCCAGAACUGCAGCUUCCCCUCUUUGCAGUGUUCCUGCUCAUCUACCUCAUCACUGUGACUGGGAACCUUGGGAUGGUCAUGGUGAUUCUGCUGGACCCUCGUCUGCACACCCCCAUGUACUUCUUCCUCAGCAACCUGUCCCUAGUAGACUUCUGUUCCUCCUCAACAGUCACCCCGAAGGUUCUGGCUGGUUUGGUUACAGAUGACAAACUUAUCCCUUACAAUGCUUGUGCUGCUCAGAUGUUCUUCUUCGUCUUCUUUGCCACUGCAGAGAGUUAUCUCCUGACCUCCAUGGCCUAUGAUCGCUUUGUAGCAGUGUGUAAGCCCCUGCACUACCCUGUGAUCAUGACGAGGACUGUGUGUGCUCAUCUGGCCAUGGGCUCUUACAGCUCUGGUUUUAUGACUGCUGCUGUUGAAGCUGGAGACACCUUCUGCCUCCCUUUCUGUGUGACCAGUGUGGUCCACCACUUCUUCAGUGAUGUUCCAGCAGUCAUGACUCUGGCUUGUUCUGAUAAACACAUUAAUGAGUUGAUUGUUGUGUUUCUCGCAAGCAUUCAUGUUAUUUUUGCACUAGUUGUUAUUUUAAUUUCCUACCUGCUUAUAUUUAUCACCAUUUCUAAGAUGUGCUCAGGGGAGGGAGUUAAAAAGGCUUUGUUCACCUGCAUCUCCCACCUCACUGCUGUUUCCUUGUUUUAUGGAACUGCCACCAUCAUGUACCUGCAGCCCAGCUCCAGUCACUCCAUGGACACCGACAAAGUUGCCUCUGUGUUCUACACCAUGGUCAUCCCCAUGCUGAACCCCCUGGUCUACAGUCUGAGGAACAAGGAGGUCAAGAGCGCAUUCCAGAAGGUUGUCGUGCACACAAAAUUGUCUUUAAGAUUUGGUGUGGACUCUGGAGGAGGCACAAGUACUGUCUAG